AUGCUCCGGGGGCCCAGUACCGUUCAAAGAUGCAGGCUGCCGGGACGCUGCGUGGUACCAGGGCUAUCUCCCUUCUGAUACUCCUGGUACCUCUCAUUGGCUAUGCCUAUUCGAGUCCCAUUCAAUAUUUACCCAGCAUCCCAGGCUAUAUUCCCGUUUAUAUAAGAUACGGAGAUGAACCGUUGGAGGGAAUAAAUCCCGAAUUGGCUGAAGCUUUCCGAGAGACAUCAAAUUCGGUUAAGAGUUUACAGAAGAUAGAUCACACUCUUGCUCACGACAAUUUCUCGCCUGACGAUUUCAAAGACGACAGCAUAGACAUACUUUUGGAAGAAUCAAAAAGAGAACAUGCUUAUCCGUUGCAUGUUCGAGCAGCGGAAAGUCGUUCAUUCGCCACUGCCAAUGAUAACCAGUCAGGAGACUCUAACAAACCAAAGCUUCUAACCAUUUAUACAUUACCUGAUGAUAAUGAAAGCAGGCCACGUAGACGUUAUCGAGGAAGAUCUAGGCAAAAGAGUUCUAGAAAACGACCUGAAUUUAAGGUUAAUCCACUCUCCGACGAAGAAAAAGAAGAGUUGAAAAAACUGGCGAUCGAAGUGGAAAAAGAAGAGACCAAACCGAAUGAACUCUACGCUCCAAGUCUCAGACAUUCCGGCUCGUCCAAGAAUAAUCAACAUAAAACGCACAAUUUUAUCGCGCCAAUGAAAGUGCAAGUUCCAUUCGACGGAAUGGAAGAUCUGCCAAAAAUUUCUCAAAACAGUGACUUUUCACAAUUAGAUUAUGAUAUCGCUACACCCGAAGCGGAGAAAGAGGAACUGCCAAUUAAAGAGCAAGGUCCAGCUACAAUUUGGUCUAAUGUAAAUAAAUUAUUGCCUAUCGAUUUGCCAAACGAAAAUGAAACCAAUAAAGAUUUUACAUCUAAAAUUGAAAAAAUUCAAGAGAAACCACUCGAUGUGAAAAUAGAUCUGCUAGAAGUACCUCGAGAUACGGAUUGUUCGAAAUCUUUGGAUGAACACAAUGUCGCUGCAAUUGAUAAAAACGAACCGCCUUUUAAGAUACUAAAUCCAACAAAAAUUUUGUCAAAUGUAGAUAAAAUCUCACCCAUCAAUUUUCCAAAUGAAAAUGAAAUGAAAGACUUUACACAGCCUACCGACGAAAAUGCAAUGGAUUAGGUGUUAAAAAUUUUUUAAGCUCAAUUCUUUUAUAAUUUAUUUGUUGCAAUAAUAUCGAAAAUUCUUAAUCAUUUACAUUUUUUUCCAAUCGUAGAUUCUUCAAAGAAAUCUCAGGAUAAAAUAUUUCUUGUGCAAACUUUACGAGAAAGCAAUAUUUGUCUCGUUAAUUUUCGAUAUUUAAGAGUAAUUAAAAUAAUUUUUCUAAAAAUUAUUUCGAAAAGUAAUUUUACACUUUAAUUAAACCUAUUACAAAAUUCAUUACAAGGAAAUAAUUUUGACGUAUCUACGUAUCUAUUUGUAAUCGAAGAAAAGUGUAACUGAUUAUAGAUAUCCUGUAUGCUAUAAAAUGAUAAGCGUCAAGCUACUUGCGUGAAAGAGGAACGUUUUUAUAAUUUUAGUUUGUAUUAUUUAUAAUAAAACUUCCUUUAUGCUAUCAUAAAUACUUCAUUAUAUUAUGAAUACAGAAUACAAUUUUAAAUAGCUGUUACUACUCUCCAGUUUGUGAAGUUUGUUUGCACAUUGUAAAUUACGUUAGUGACAAAACUAUUAUGUAAAGUUAUUUUUAAAUGUCUUUAAUAAAAUCGCUGUUGCAGAA